UUUCUCUCCCAAAGAAAAGACUGAAAAAUGUAUCAGCAUUUUCUUGAGAAAUAAACACCACACUAGAAUCGUACAGCAACGACCCCAACGGCCUCGUUACUUGUCAUCUCAGACCAACUUUACACACUACGCCGAUCUUGGAUCCCUCUCGUUCUCGUAAAAUUUUCCCAAGUAUUUCAUAACCCAGAUCUGAUUAGACGCCAUGUUCCCACCGCUCCCUGAAAGUUGCAUUUCGCUACAAAACCCUAAUUAAACUCGGAAAUUUCUUUCUUCUUUCUCUGCUUCCGUUUUCACCACCAGUCGAUAGACCAUGGCACCGCUAAAAGCUGUGACUCUGACCCAUGUUCGGUACCAGAAGGGAGACCAAAUGGGUCAUUUUCUGGCUUGGGUCUCGUUAGUCCCUGUAUUCAUCAGCCUUGGCGGAUUCGUCUCGCACUUCAUUUUUCGCCGGGAGCUCCAGGGCAUGUUCUUUGCACUUGGCCUCAUAAUUUCGCAGUUCGUCAACGAGCUUAUUAAGAAAUCAGUCCAACAAGCUCGUCCUGAGACUUGCGCAUUGCUUGAAAUGUGCGAUUCGCAUGGAUGGCCUUCUAGCCACUCCCAGUACAUGUUCUUCUUUGCCGUAUACUACACCCUAUUGACGUGUAGAGGGAUUGGGUUCUGGCAGACUAGGAACGAUUUGGUUGUGAAUUUUCUUCACUGGUCUCUGGCUUUACUCACUAUGUAUUCCAGGGUUUAUUUGGGUUACCACACUGUUGCUCAGGUCUUUGCUGGCGCUACUCUGGGUACUCUUCUGGGCGCAGUUUGGUUUUGGGUGGUUAAUUAUAAGCUUUUUUGUUACUUCCCCGCAAUUGAAGAGAGCUCGUUUGGACGAAGGUUUUAUAUUAAGGAUACUUCUCACAUACCAAAUGUGUUGAAGUUCGAAUACGAAAAUGCCAGAGCUGCUAGGGAAAAGAUGGCCUCCAAGUGUAACUGAUUGAAGAAAACUCAUGCAAAAUUGCACAAAAAAAUUAUAUUGAUUCUAGUUUUGCCCGGUCACUUCAGAUGAAAACUCAGUGUGGAAAGCCACCUUAUAAAUCCAGUUUUAUGAUGGCACACAGAGUGAUAAUAGAAGUUCUACAAUGUUGAAAAGGAGAUAUAGAUCCUUUAAUACUUUAUGUAGAAACUUUAAUGUCUUAACCAGUGUGCCGAUUCUGCUAUUUUUUACGGUUAUACACACAUCAAGGUGAUUUUACACAAGUAUUUAGCUACUUUAAUACAACUUUGCCACUUUCUAAAUAUCCUAAUUUUGUGAUUCUCUA